CGUGGCAGCCGCUGGAGCCGCCGCCGAGGACUAGCAGCGAGACCGGCCGGGCACUUCCUGUGGAGGCCGUACGGGCGCGGGCGCCGAGCAGGCCCAGCGCCGAGCAAGCAAGCGAGCCAGCCAGCCCCCGAGCCUCCGCCGCCGCCAUGGGCCAGAACGACCUGAUGGGCACGGCCGAGGACUUCGCCGACCAGUUCCUCCGCGUCACGAAGCAGUACCUGCCGCACAUGGCGCGCCUCUGCCUCAUCAGCACCUUCCUGGAGGACGGCAUCCGCAUGUGGUUCCAGUGGAGCGAGCAGCGCGACUACAUCGACAGCACCUGGAACUGCGGCUACCUGCUGGCCUCCUCCUUCGUCUUCCUCAACCUGCUGGGGCAGCUGACUGGCUGCGUCCUGGUGCUGAGCAGGAACUUCGUGCAGUACGCCUGCUUCGGACUCUUCGGAAUCAUAGCCUUGCAGACGAUUGCCUACAGCAUCUUAUGGGAUUUGAAGUUCUUGAUGAGGAACCUGGCCCUGGGAGGAGGCCUGCUGCUACUCCUGGCAGAGUCACGGUCGGAAGGGAAGAGCAUGUUCGCGGGUGUCCCUACUAUGCGGGAGAGCUCCCCCAAACAGUACAUGCAGCUGGGGGGCAGGGUCCUGCUGGUCUUGAUGUUCAUGACACUCCUCCACUUCGAUGCCAGCUUCUUCUCUAUCCUCCAGAACAUCGUGGGCACGGCUCUCAUCAUCUUAGUGGCCAUCGGCUUCAAAACCAAGCUGGCGGCCUUGACUCUUGUCGCCUGGCUCUUCGCCAUCAACGUGUAUUUCAACGCCUUCUGGACCAUUCCGGCCUAUAAGCCCAUGCACGACUUCCUGAAGUAUGACUUCUUCCAGACCAUGUCCGUGAUUGGAGGCUUGCUCCUGGUGGUGGCUCUGGGCCCUGGGGGUGUCUCCAUGGAUGAGAAGAAGAAGGAGUGGUAACAGGCCCUGUCCCUGACUAGCUUGGGCCAGCGGCCGGCGAGGACUGCCCAGGGCGGAUUCGACGAAACUGCCAGCGUUUAUGUAUCCUCUUCCCUCCCCUUCCUUGGUAAAGGCACAGAUGUUCUGAGAACUUUAUUUGCAGACACCUGAAAAUUGAUGGCGAAAGCUGCCUUGGAACUACCAUUGGGUAUCUGAGUAUUUAGUGCUGGCCAGAUGGUUAGAGCCCCCCAGUCCAGGCCGCGUGGGGUGGGCAGCCUGGCUAGUUGUGGCCCCUCGGUCCUAUUUUUGGGUUUGUUUCUCUUUUGGGGAGUGGGUAGGGAGGCCUUCAAGCUGUACUGUGAGCAGAUGCAUUUGUGUAUCACUCAAAGCAGUCUCCCUCUUAUUAUUUUUAAAGUUUACAUUCUUAGCUAAAACUACUAAAUGAUUUGGGGUGGCCUGGCCAGACAUCACACAUGCUGUCAGACUCCCUGGUCUGAAAUUGCAGCCAGGUGGCUUUAAGGUGGUUUCUGCCCCUCGUAAUACUUUAUAGGACAGUACAAACUUAAGAGACCCAGAACCCAGAGAAGUGAUGCAGUGUUAGAGGGCCAACUGGAGCUGCUGCUUACAGCAAAAGUCCCUAAUCACGUCAGCUGGGUGCAGAGGUUUCUGCUGGGUGAUGGCCCUCAGUCAGGAGAGUGGCUGCAGGACAGGCGUCCUGAGGCUGAGGCUGCACUCGGGAAGGCUGGCCAGGGCACCACACACCACGCAGGCCUGCCAGCAGUGCCACCCCACCAGUCGACCGGCCACCUCCUGUCUCGCCAACCUGCAGUGGGGACAGCUGCCAUGGGGUAGCACAGUGACAGCAGACUCUAGGGCCCGUGGGCUUGUUACCUCACACUUGACCUUUCCAGAGCAAGCUCUCAAAUCCACAGGCGCUGACCUGGCAGUUGUGCCUGUCCACCUUCUUCCCGGCUGAGGCUUGUCUCGCUCGGGCGGCCCUGACUGACUAUUCUCACGAGGCUGUUGCUCGCUCAGAUUCUGUCUUUGCUCUGCUGAAUGCAGCCAAAAUUACAAUUUGUGAUGCCUUACCGAUUUGAUCUUAAUCCUGUAUUUAAAGUUUUCUAACAUUGCCUUAUACUGUGUUUCUUUUUGGGGCUGUGCUCACUGGAUGUGGAUCCUCCUGGGGGCUGGCGGACAGGGUGAGGGUGACUGAGGCACAGUGCCUAACAGCGGGUGGGGGGCAGGCAGCAGCUCACGCCAGACUCGGGAUGGAGUCUCUCAAAGGCCCAUCAGAAGCCCUACCUGUCCUCAACUAGGUGUGCAAGACUUAGACCCAUCCCCGGUGCUGGCUCUGGACCCAGUCCCGAGCCGGGAGGAGGGCAGGGACUCCUUCCCCACAACCCUGGGGCUGGGGAAGGGGGCAGGCUUUUGCCCACCAGGGCUUAGAGCCAGCCCAGGCUCACCUGACCAGGUGGGGUAACAGGUGCCCUCUCUAGCUUCCCCCACCCCACGUCCCACCCAGUGGAGGCUCAUCCCAGGAUGUUUCUGAGCCUCCCCACAAGGGUCUGCUCCUUUGCCCACCCCCGGCAUUUAGAAGGUGAAGCAGUGGCUAAGGGCAGAGAGGCUGUCAGCACUGCCACUCAGAUGCUCAACGUGGAGGGACGGGCUCUACCACAGCAUCUCAAUUCCAGCAGGGGCAUCUCUUAGUCCACAUCCCCUUCCCUGUCCACACAGGAGGGCCGCCCAGCCAAUGACACUUGGCCACGCGAGUCUCUCUGGCCACCGUUUUUGGUAGGGUGGUGGUCCCCCUUGGCCCCAUGCUCGGAAGACUUGCUUUGUGGAAAGCAGGACUGCCCCAAGCAGGCCGAGUGGCGCCAUCACCGGGCUCUGCGCCUCGGCUGUGGCUGUUCCCGUCUCCCCUGGCCCUGAGCAGGCUGGCGCUGGGGAUGUACCACCUACCAAUUGGUUUUGGCAAAACAAUUUCUGAAAAUUUUUUUGCUUUACGUGGGAAAUAGGUAUAAAUCUCACUUUAUGCUGUAUUUUAUAUCUUAGUUGUGUUUGAAAACGUUUUGAUUUUUGGAAACUUCAAAAUAAAUAAUGGCAUUUGUUGU